GGGUAACCGAUAAACACUAGAUCAAAUGUUGAGAAACAGCUUUGUGAAAUCCAGUGCUGCUAGCAGAGCUAGCGCACUUCAAUUUGUCAGAUUCGCUUCUACUAAGUAUGAUGUCGUCGUCAUUGGUGGUGGUCCAGGUGGUUACAUCGCCGCCAUUAAGGCCGCUCAACUCGGUUACAACACUGCAUGUGUUGAAAAGAGAGGAAGUUUGGGUGGUACUUGUUUGAAUGUUGGUUGUAUUCCAUCCAAAUCUUUGUUGAACAACACCCACUUGUACCAUCAAAUCAAGCACGAUUCCAAGCACCGUGGUAUUGAAAUUGCCGGUGAUGUCUCAGUGAACUUUUCCACUUUGAUGGCCGCUAAGGACAAGGCCGUCAAGGGUUUGACCAGUGGUAUUGAAAUGUUGUUCAAGAAGAAUGGUGUUACCUACUUAAAGGGUGAAGCUUCUUUCGUGGAUGAACAUAACAUUAACGUCAAGCCAAUCGAUGGAUCCGAAAACCUUGAAGUUGAAGGUACCAACUUCAUCGUUGCUACUGGAUCUGAGCCAACUCCAUUCCCAGGAAUUGAAAUCGACGAAGAAAGAAUUGUCAGUUCUACUGGUGUAUUGUCAUUGAAAGAAUUGCCAAAGAGAAUGUCCAUUAUCGGUGGUGGUAUCAUUGGUUUGGAAAUGGCUUCUGUCUACGCCAGAUUGGGUACUGAGGUUACCGUUAUUGAAUUCCAAUCUGCUAUUGGUGCUGGAAUGGACGCUGAAGUUGCCAAGCAAUCCCAAAAGUUGUUGGCCAAGCAAGGCUUGAACUUCAAGUUAGGUACUAAGGUUACCAAGGGUGUCAGAGAAGGUGAUGUUGUCAAGAUUGAAGUCGAAGACGUCAAGUCUGGUAAGAAGGAAGAAUUGGAAUCCGACGUCUUAUUGGUUGCCAUUGGUAGAAGACCAUACACUAAGAACUUGGACUUCGAAAAGGCUGGUUUAGAAUUAGACAACAAGGGAAGAGUGGUGAUUGACUCCGAAUUAAAGACCAAGCAUGACCAUAUCAGAGUUAUUGGUGAUGUUACUUUCGGUCCUAUGUUGGCCCACAAGGCUGAAGAAGAAGGUGUUGCUGCUGCCGAAUACAUCAAGCACGGUCACGGCCACGUUAACUACGCUAACAUCCCAUCUGUCAUGUACACCCACCCUGAAGUCGCAUGGGUUGGUCUUAACGAGCAACAAUUGAAGGAACAAGGUAUCAAGUACAAGGUUGGUAAGUUCCCAUUCAUCGCCAACUCUAGAGCUAAGACCAACUUGGACACCGAUGGUUUCGUCAAGUUCCUUGCUGACGCUGAAACCCAACGUGUCUUGGGUGUCCACAUCAUUGGUGCCAACGCUGGUGAAAUGAUCGCCGAAGCUGGUUUAGCUUUGGAAUAUGGUGCUUCUACUGAAGACAUCGCCAGAACUUGUCAUGCCCACCCAACCUUAUCCGAAGCCUUCAAGGAAGCUGCUUUGGCUACUUUUGACAAGCCACUUAACUUCUAAAAGACAUAAGUCCGUA